GUAUCUGGCUGAGGGUCGUAUAUUUGUAUGAAGUUUUAUAUUUUUGUUUUUGUAAAAAAUAAGAAGAAACUGCUGGUUACUAAAUUUAAGUAAUUCGAAAUGCCAAGAGAAAGAAAAACGCCGAAAUUUAAAGAUGGUGAUGUUGAUAGUGGAGGAAAUGACCUUAAGGGAAGUAAUGAGCCAGAAAGCCCAUCUGUGAAAAAAAGAAGAUCCUCAAGCACUGGGCCCUCUACACAAGCCAGUCCCACCCUUCCUGAAUUGGUUCCUCCACCUCCAAUCAGUGGGUUUGGUGAUACAAUUGUGGCAAGUAACCCAUUUGAUGACACUUGUUCUUCAAUGGCCACUAUGGGACACCAACAUAUGCCAGCUAUGAACUCUUUAGGGGCUCCACCAAUGCAUAAUAAACCUGUCCCUAUGGGUUCAGGAAAGAUGUACCCACCAGAUCAACCCAUGGUGUUUAAUCCCCAGAAUCCUAAUGCUCCACCCAUCUAUCCAUGUGGAAUAUGUCACAAAGAAGUUCAUGACAAUGAUCAAGCUGUGUUUUGUGAGAGUGGAUGCAAUUUCUGGUUUCACCGGAUAUGCACAGGGCUCACAGAUGCAGCUUUUCACCUCCUUACUGUAGAAGUAUAUGCCGAGUGGGUGUGUGAUAAGUGUCUUUCAUCAAAAAACAUACCUUUGGUGAAGUUUAAACCUUGAAACAUUUUUGUGAUUUUCUAGUCUCUGUGUAUAUUAAAAAUAUAUAGAGCUUGGUUAAUUCACAGACUGUCAAAGGUAAAAGGCAGAUGCACCUUAAAAAAUCUUUCUUGAAAUUUGCCACAGAAGUAGAAUAUUUAAAUACAUUGAAACUAUUUUUUUACUUUCAAAACAUUGAUUAUCAAUGACUGAUUUGUAUUGUUUGAAGGUAAGUUACUUGAUGCAUUUUUAUUGUACAUACAUGUAUUUAAAAUGGAACUUUGUAAACACAUUAGAAUAAGACAGCAAAAUUCACACUUUCACACUUUUGUAUGCCCAUUGUUUUGUGUAAUACAAAACUAAUAGCACCUGUUUUAAGGUGUUUCACAUAAAUUUGCAGUUUAAUAAGGGAUUUCUCUGUGUUAUAGAAUCCAGUUAAAGUGCCAAGUUACACUAGGUACAAAGUGGUUUUGCUCAUUUAUAUAUUUAAAAAUAAAAUAUAUUUAAAAAGAAAGCAAAUUUUAUAAUACUCAGUUUUGUUAAAACUAUUUAAAAUAAUAUUAUUCCUUUAAUUUCAAGUUUUCAUUUGGAAUAUGACAUAAUGUACUUUUACUUUUCAAAGGAAACAAUUUUGUUAAAUCUUUUAAAUAACAUAAUGCAUAAUAUUCAGCACAUAGAAAACUUCAUGCUUAAUAUAAUUUGUCAUUUUAAGAAAAAUAUUUUAAAGUAAUGGAAGCAUUUAGCAUCAAAUCCACAUACAGUAUAAAAGCAUUUUGUAAGACUGUUUUUUUUUCUAAUGAUAAAUGAAAAUGAGAUAAAAUGUUUUUUUAGAAUAAUUCCAGAUGAUAAAUUGAUUACACAAUUAGCCAGCCACAUUAUUUAGUUAAAAGACAUUAUCAGGUAUUUCCUAAAAAUGUUAUAUUAAGGACCAAGAUUAUUAUUGAAAGUAUUAUAAUAAUGUGAAUUUUUAAGAGACAACUACAAAAGGUUGAAUUUUAUGUUUAAAACAUGAGACUUGGUAGAACAAUUUUCAGGAAGCAAGCAUACUAAAAUAAAAUAUGUAGUGAAGUAGACUAAAGUCUUGAAUAGUGUUGAAUUUAGAUUAACAAUUUUUGCUUUGUUUUCUGAAACUUCUGUUUAUAAACUUUAUAUCUGAAUA